GUGCCAUAUAAAGAAAAUGGACCGCUCACAAAAUAACGAAAUUUAGACGUAUUCCGAAACACUAACAUGAAGUAUUUUCUAUUAGUUCUCAUUUGCACCACAAUUAGUGCUGUAUUCGCAUAUCCAUACUACCAAGGCGCGUAUAAUCCAUACUACCAAAGUUCUUCUGAUCCCUACUAUCAACCAUUCCGUCUCUGGAAUAGUCCAACAACAUAUCAGAUUGGCACCGGAGUUGUCCCAACCUAUUCGGCUCAAAGUUCGUACAAUCCAUUGUACCCAUAUUACCAAUACAACUGGGACAAUUUCAACACCGACUUUUACAAUCCAUAUAAAAAUUGAUUAUCGAAAUAAACUAUUGACAGCUUU